CACACACACACUUAAAAACGGAGAGAGAAAACUGAGGAAGACAGACAGACUGAAAGCUCUUUAGGUCAGAAGUAGAAUUUCUCAAUUGAUAAAAGAACUAAAGUAACACUGAGAGGAUAUCAAUUUCGGUGUUUCCCUUCUUACAUUUCUUUCCUGUGGGUAAGAAGAGAAAAGGGGAAUAGGAUAUUUCACUUCUUUUUUUGAAAUACUGUAAUUUUUCAUCGCUUCAUUAAGCAUUCUUCACAUUAACAGUCAGAGACGAUAAGGACACAGGGAGAAGGUCCACUGAAGAUCAGAAGAUGAACAACACACUGUCAAACACUUCCAUCAAGUGUGUUAGGGAUACCAGUGUCACAGCUGUGAUUUUCCCCUGCCUAUACAGCAUCCUCUUUGUAGUCGCCCUGAUACUGAAUUCCCUGGCUGCAUGGAUCUUCUUCAGCAUCCCCAGCUCCUCAACAUUUGUGGUCUUUCUUAAAAAUGUGGUGGUGGCUGACUUGCUGAUGACCCUGACCAUCCCUCUGAGAGUCUUAAGUGAUGCAGGUGUUGGUCACUGGCAACUACGCGCCUUCCACUGCCGAUACUCUGCCGUUCUCUUCUACAUCACCAUGUACAUCAGCAUCCUCUUGCUGGGCCUCAUCAGCCUGGACCGCUACCUGAAGAUAGUCAGGCCGCCCGGGAAGUGUGCCCUGCAGCGGGUUCGUGUUGGUCAGGCGCUGAGCGCUGCUGUCUGGGUGGUCAUGUUGUCUUUAGCGUUACCCAACGUUAUCCUAAGUGACCAGCAGCCACGGGUCUCUGGAGGCAAACUGAAGUGCACCUCCAUGAAGAGCAAAGCCGGCCUUCUCUGGCAUGAAGGAUUCAACUACUUCUGUCAGGUGGUUUUCUGGGGCACGCUGGCCUUGAUGGUGGUUUGCUACACGUUCAUCAGCAAGAAGGUUUAUGAGUCAUACAAAGCCUCAAAGAGCAAAUCUCAAGCAGUCAGUCGCAGAACCAAGGCAAAGGUUUUUGUGGUGGUGGGGGUGUUUUUCAUCUGCUUUGCCCCCUUUCACUUUGCCCGCGUUCCCUACACUCUGACGCAAACUGGCAGCAUGGUGAGCCAUUGCCAGGCCCAGAAUGCUCUCUACAUCGCAAAAGAAACCACCCUGUGGCUGUCGGCCACUAAUGUGUGUCUGGACCCGCUUAUCUAUGUGUUCCUGUGUAAGGUGUUCAGUAAAAGACUGGCAGCUGCAAUCUGCUGCAAGCCACUCUACAAAGGUGCCAUGGAGUCUCACACAGCAACAUCAACUCAAAUGGAGAUGUCACAGAUUGCCCAAAGUAACAGAAUGUCAUAUAGUACAAUGGAAAAAUAAUAACUGUAACUGUCAAGGCGUGCUGAAACACUGCCAGAAAGUGUAUUUUACUUGUAAAUAGCUUUUUUUUUAUCGUGAUGACACCGGUUUUAAAGUGCUCAUAUUAUGCUCAUUUUCAGGUCCAUAAUUGUAUUUGGAGGUUGUACCAGAAUAGGUUUACAUGGUGUAAUUUUCAAAAAACACCAUAUUUUUGUUGUACUGCACAUUGCUGCAGCUCCUCUUUUCACCCUGUGUGUUGAGCUCUCUGUUUUAGCUACAGAGUGAGGCAUAUCAUUUCUGUUCCUAUCUUUGAUGGGAGUCGCACAUGUGCAGUAGCUAGGUAAGGACUACUAGCUAAUCAGAAGCAGAGUAUGAGGGCGUGCCACGCUAGCAGCUAGGCGGGCAUUAUAACGGGUGUUACAAAGUGAUGCACAUUUGUCUCUGAAGUAAAGGCUGGACUACAAUAGAGCUGUUUGGAGCAGUUUGGGAACAGUGUGUUCUGUUCUCUUUGGGGUGGACUUUGGGCUUUUUCACUUUGUACACCUAUAACAUGCUCAAAAAAGACAUAUUUAUAAUAUAACAUAUACACAUUUACUAUAUAACACAAUAAAGAAAAAGGAAAAAGCCAAACAGCAUAAUAUGAGCACUGUAAAAAAAAAAAAUCUCAAAUUAAUGCAAGGUGAUCCAAAUCUGUUGAAUGGGCAGUGUUACGUGACAGAAAAAUAUGCGGUUAUGUCUGGAGGUGGUCCUGCAGUUUCAUGCUAACAAUGACAACUGUUUUUGAUACAGAACUAACCAAGCACUUCUGUCCCAUGUUUUGCAAAGUCAUCCAACACAUUUCCUUAAGUGUCUUUACUGUCAUCAUCUACUUCCUCCUCUUCUCUAAUCUCAUUCAAACUGCACUUUCCCUAUACAAAACUUUGGCAAGAGGGUAAAAUCUUGACAGCACAUGAUUACACCACACACCCAAUGAUAACAAAAUGUGGACUAGAUACUGCUUAAAGCUAUAACUAAUGUGCAAUAUAAAUAACAAUAGUAAUAAAAUGCAUAUUAUUCAUAA